AUGAAGUCAACCCUCCUAGCAGCGGCACUCCUUCAAGGAGCCGCCCAAGCCCAACAAAUGAUACGUUUCGGCUGCUCCCAGCUCGUCGUCUCCCGCCUCGACCCCCUCGUCAACCCAGGCCUGGAACAGUCUCCCCACGUCCAUCAAAUCGUCGGUGGUAACUCCUUCAACGCCCACAUGCCCUUCGAGCAAGGCUUCGACCUCGUCAAAAACUCCACCUGCACCUCGUGCACCUUCAGCGAGGACUUUAGCAACUACUGGACCGCCGUCCUCUACUUCAAGGCCCGCAACGGCACCUACAAGCGCGUGAGGCAGUUCCCCAACGUCGGCCUUCGAACAGACGGCGGCGUGACAGUCUACUACAUCCCACCGUACGACGGUAAGACAACCGUCACCGCCUUCAAGCCCGGCUUCCGCAUGCUCGUCGGCGACGCCGGCCUCCGCCAGAACAGGGGCAUGCAAAAGCAGCUCUGCCACCGCUGCCUCGGCGCUGGGUACGACCGCGGCGGAGCCCCCUGCACAGGAAGCGACAGCACUACCCUCCCCAACAAGUUCUGCGACGGCGGCAUCAGAACCACCAUCACGUUCCCCACCUGCUGGGACGGAAAGAAUCUCGACGCGCCUGACCACAAGAGCCACGUGGCGUACCCCCAGACUGGAUCGUUCGAGAGCACCGGCCCCUGCCCGAGCUCGCACCCGGUUAGACUGCCGCAGUUGAUGUAUGAGGUCAUGUGGGAUACCCAGGCGUUCAACGACAAGAGCCUCUGGCCCGAGGAUGGGUCGCAGCCGUUUGUGUGGAGCACUGGUGACGGGCUUGGGUACUCCCAACACGGCGAUUACGUCUUUGGCUGGAAGGGAGACUCUCUGCAGCGCGCGCUCGAUGCCCGUUGUUCCAAUGCGGUUUGCAAGGAGCUCAAGACCCAAUCGUCUGAGGAGGCGAUGAGGUGCACUCAGCCACAGAAUGUUCCAGAGAAUGUUGAUGGAUGUAAGUUUGCCUCGCUGGGAGAUGCUGGUGAAGAUUAUGCUUGCUGA